CCGGUAUCAGAGGAAGCUCUGACUGCGUUCACCCUGGAACUUCAGCAUGCACUCUUAGCUAUCGGCCCCACUCUUCUCUUGACUAGUGACAUCAUCAAACAGCGCCUCGGCUCUGCUGCAUUAGACAGUGUGCAUGAGUACAGGUUAUCGAGUUGGCUGGGUCAGCAGGAAGACAUCCACCGCAUAGUCCUAUAUCAGACAGAUGUGUCACUCACUCCAUGGACUCAGCGCUGCAUCAGGCAGGCCGAUUGCAUCAUCAUCGUGGGACUGGGAGAGCAGGACCCAGCUGUGGGAGAGUUGGAACGUAUGUUAGAGGGGAGUGCGGUGAGAGCGCAGAAACAGCUGGUGUUGUUGCACCGUGAGGACGGCCCUCUCCCAAAGGAACAGCCCGAAUGGCUCAACAUGCGGAGCUGGAUCUCCAGGCACCUUCACCUGUCCUGCCCCCACAGGGUCUUCUCCAGGAGGAGCCUGCCAAAACUGAGAGAAAUGUACCAGCGUGUGUUCCAGAAGCCUGCUGAUCGCCACUCUGAUUUCUCACGUCUGGCCCGUGUUCUUACGGGCAACGCCAUUGCGCUGGUGUUGGGGGGUGGAGGAGCCAGGGGCUGUUCUCAGGUGGGCGUCAUUCGAGCAUUGAGUGAGGCGGGAAUCCCCAUUGAUCUGGUGGGCGGCACCUCAAUCGGUUCUAUGAUGGGCGCGCUGUACGCAGAGGAGCGCUGUUACAGCAGGAUGAAGAUCAGAGCCAGAGAAUGGGCGAUGGAAAUGACAUCCGUGUUUAAGAAAAUGCUGGACUUGACCUACCCUGUCACUUCUAUGUUUUCUGGUGCUUCGUUUAACUCUAGCAUUAAUGCUGUCUUCAAGGACAAACAGAUCGAGGAUCUCUGGAUCCCAUAUUUCAACAUCACCACAGAUAUCACUGCUUCCACGAUGAGAGUGCACACUGACGGCUCCCUGUGGAGGUAUGUGCGUUCCAGCAUGUCUCUUUCUGGUUACCUGCCACCACUGUGUGAUCCAAAAGAUGGACACCUGCUCAUGGAUGGAGGCUACAUCAACAACUUGCCAGCGGAUGUGGCCCGCUCCAUGGGUGCCAAGGUGGUUAUUGCCAUCGAUGUGGGCAGCCAAGAUGAAACCAACCUCACCAACUACGGGGAUGCCCUUUCUGGCUGGUGGCUGCUAUGGAAACGGCUCAACCCACUGGCUGAGAAAGUCAAGGUGUUGAACAUGACUGAGAUCCAGGCCCGGCUGGCUUAUGUGUGCUCAGUGAGACAGCUUGAAUCUGUUAAGAAUAGCGAAUACUGUGAAUACCUCAGACCUCCCAUCGACAGAUACCGCACACUUGAGUUUGGCAAGUUCGAUGAGAUUAGCGAAGUGGGCUACCAGCAUGGGAAGACGGUGUUUGACGUGUGGUGCAGGAGUGGCGUGGUGGAAAAGAUGAUGAAGGACCGACAUCAGGAGGAAUUCCACAAAACGCAGAGCAACAAUUUUGUAACCUGUCCAAAUGCUUCCUUCACUGAUCUGGCUGAGAUCGUCUCACGGAUUGAGCCAGUCAAACCAGCUCUUGUGGAUGAUGAAUCGGACUAUCACACGGAAUAUGAAGAGGAGAAUGCAGAGAGUGCUCUGUCAGACAUUGAGCUCUACAACCAUUACAGCGAGCACACAGAGGAGGAACUGACCGCAGACACUGAUGAAGAAUUCGAGAGGUCUCACAGGCAGCGUGUGCAUUCUGACUUGGAAAACCUAGGACCCGUGUCCUCCAAAACACUACAGACCUCUAGCUCCAACAGUCCUCCAUCCAUCCAUAAAAGAAAAGCAUAAGGACUGAAACCCCUCCAUCCCGACCACUGACCCAGAUAUCAGCAUGGCAGUGUACAAACACUGGCACGCCAAUGAUUUGGGGUUUGGCUUUCUGUAAACACUGCAGUCACACCAACUACAUCCAGGCCUUGAGGAACAGAGUAUUUUGUGUAUUUACACAAGCAUUUUUUCCCCUCUCAUACAAAGAAAUCCAAAGAAAACAUCUAUUGCUGCAAUGGAAGUUUAAGAUGGACAUGCUGGGUAACAUGGCAUGAGGUUGAAAUAAUACCUGGCCUUGCAUCUGAGCAGUAACUCAAGACUUUCCCAGAGUUUUCAGGGAAGUUUGAUGCUGAUUUUGAACUCUUUUGAUUCCCAAGCUUUGUUUUCACUCCAUCUUGAAUUACAGGUCAAUCAAUAGAGGAGGAUAUUACACAAUUAAGACACUCAGCUACAACAUUCUUUACAAACAGUUAGAUUGGAUUGCAUGUUCGGCUGAUUCCUUCUUCUGUCAAUGAAAGUAGCAGAAAAGAGCCAAGUAAUGAUUUAGAGUUUAAAAAAAGAAAGUGAUACUCAAUGUAGAGUUCUCUGUUUAUGAGCUCAGAUGACCAAUGUUGACUUUUUGUUUCAUUUAAACAUCUCAAAGACUUUGCUGUUUCACACAGAUCAGUAACUCCUAGCUCAGGGGUACAUGAUCUAUGGACAGUUGAAUGAUCGAUGUAAACUAACCAGUGUUGUGUAUCAUACCGAAUGAGUCUGAUGAGUUAAUCAUGCUUCUAGCUGCACAUGAUCAAACAAAACACCUAAGAAAAGUAUGCCUAUCAAUGCAAUAUUUUUUAUAUUUCUUGUUUUUGUUGUGAAAAUUACUGUAUGAAAACUGUAGUGCCUUUUAACAUUAAUACUAGCCAUAAAAGACAAUGAGAGUUUGGUAAUAGUCAAGAAAUAGUCUAACAGUCUAAAAACAAUGCCAGUAUUGAUUAAUAUGUAUGUAUGAGGAAUCAUUUGACUUUUGGUGUAUGCCGCCAUGACUGACUUUAAUUUGGAGUUUUGUGGUCGUGCCAUUGUUUUUGAAUCUUUCGGAACAAUCCUUAUGCUGUAUGCCAAUAGUUUUUGCUUGCAUCUGUUGUAACACUGUCAUAAAGCUAAAAAAAAAGGAAAGCACCUAUGUUGUCAGCAUUGGUUGUUAAGGGUCAGUUAGUUUCCAAAGUUAAAGAAACCUCAGUAUGGACAUCUGAAAAACCAAAUGAGAAUAUGCAAUUGUUUUCAAAUCGAUGGGAGAAUGUAGUGCCAUUCUGCAAACGUCUUAAAAUGCGGAUUCCUAAUAAACUGUUUUUUGUUUUUGUCUCGAG